AUGAAUUUUACCUGGGCUGAGAAAUACCCUGAAGUGCACAAGAUGUGCACUUUGUUCACCUUAACAGAACUGAGUAACCCUCUGAAAUAUUCAUAUAAGUCGCUACCUGCCUUUCUUCAAGACGGCCCCCAGUGUGGUUUGGUCGCCCUUGCAAUUUAUUCGGGGAAUCCCAGCACGGCGUCGGUACAGUCACUGCUACAAACCGCCAAAAACGAGGGGUUCACCAACAACGGGGAGAUGUUUAGUGUUCAAAAUAUGGCCACUUUGGCCCAACUAAGUUUAAAAUCGACGUGUGUUCAAGUUUACUCAGGUUUAUUAAAUACAAAAGAAAUCAAAGAACUUUUGCUCAAUGGUGCCAAUUUGCUAGUGCCUUACGAUACUGACAAAAACAAUUCUCCGGGUCUAUUGAACGGUCAUAAGGCACACUGGGCUAUAAUUAGCGGGGCUGUGGAGACUGAAAGUGAUUUUUACAUAAUAGCAAGGCAUGGGAAGGCCGUAAACGUGGCCAUUUGGAAAUUGUCGGACUUAUCUCAGAGCAAUGCACAGUUAAAUGAAGUCGGGACGUACCAGAAACAACCAAAUAUUAACUUUAAGUUGCCACAAGGGGGCAUUCAAGGGGAUAUGGGGCUUAAAUGUAAAUCUGUAAUUUUGAGACAAAAUACAUUAUAG